AUGUUUUGGUCUAUUAGUAGUAAGACCUCAGGAUCCGGCUUUCGUCGGAAUGUUAGCGAGGCUAUAGUGAGAAUUGAAAGGGAGAAAACAGAGGGAACACUGGACCGGGAAACCGUGAAUAAAUUCCUAACUGGUGACGUCAGUAUUGAAGUUCCACCCAAGAACAGAAUAGUACGCAUUUUCACCAGUAGUACAUUCACUGACACAAUGUACGAAAGAAACUGGUGGAUGCAAAGAGCAUACCCUGAGCUGCGCUCCUUCUGCCAGAUGCGAGGGUACGAGUUUCAGGUGGUGGAUAUGAGAUGGGGAGUCCGAGACGAGGCAUCUGAUGACCACACUACCUUGGAUCUGUGUAUGAACGAACUAAGAUUAUGUCAGGAACUUUCUACCGGUCCGAACUUUAUCUCACUCCUUGCUAACAAGUAUGGAUACCGCGCUCCUCCUCGAACUAUCCCCGUGGACCAAUUCAAUACACUUCUUGGAGUAGUUGAGAACGAAUAUAACAGAGCUCUCUUAAACAAAUGGUACCUCCGGGAUGACAAUGCGGUGCCCCCAGAAUACGUUCUUCAGCCGAUUAGUCGUGUACUUCCCAACAUUAUGAGCAAAGACGCUGAACAGUAUAAGGCAGCUAAUGAUCAGUGGACUAGUGAUAUAGGUAUCAUACAGACAACAUUGGAUCAAGCAGCCCGUCAAAGUCUCCCUGAAAACGAAGCUGAAAAAUACUACGUUUCCAUUACGGAAAAGGAGGUUCAAGCCGGCCUGCUGGACGUCACAGAACCAGAGAAACACUGUCUUUGGUUUUGGCGCACAAUCGAUGAUAUUGAGAAUCUGAAAAACCAGGAUGAAAAUAUUCGCAGGAAAUUUAUAGAUAUGGAUAAAGACGAAGACUACUGGCGUGAAUCUAGAAGAUUACUCAGUGUCCUGCAGGAGACAAAGAUGAAGUCUCGAUUGCCACCGCGAAAUCUGUAUCAGUAUAAAGUCAAAUGGACUAAAGAUGGUAUCGAUCCGAAAAAUGCUCAACACAAAGACUAUCUCAAAGCUAUGACAGAAAAAUUUACGUCUGAAAUGGAAAGAUUAAUUGAAGAUGGUAUAAAGCAGCGUACUGCCACCGAAUUCACCAAUCCACUUAUACUGGAGUGCUGCCAACACGUGCGCUUCUGUCAACAGAAAUGUGAGAACUUCUGUGGAAGGGAGACAACUCUUGCGAAAAUAGAGGCUUACAUCAAAUCAGCGAGUACCAAGCCCUUGAUUAUCCAUGGGGCCUCAGGAUGUGGCAAAACGUCUCUUGUGGCAAUGACCGCCAGCCUCAUCAAAACAUGGAUGUCGAACACAAAUCCUACUGUCAUACUCCGGUUUAUUGGAACCACACCCGACAGCUCCAAUAUCAGUGGACUCCUAAUAAAUAUUAUCAAACAGAUACAUUCUGUCUAUAAUAAGACAUCAAAGAUACCAGGGAGUCUUCGGGAAUUGACUAAAGAAACAGAAUUGAUACUGAAAUUCGCUAAAGCAUCUCAACCGCUCGUCAUCAUUUUGGACGCCUUGGAUCAGAUAGAUGCGUCUUACAAUGCUCGAAGUUUAUCCUGGGUACCUCGGACCCUUCCAAAACACGUCAAAUUGAUAGUGUCGACACUCGAGGAUGCAGACUUUGAAUGUUAUCCUAAACUAAAGGUAAUGUUCAAAGAUGAAGAUCAGUUUGUGUCAUUACCGGAACUUACAACUGAAGAAGCCGAGACUAUUUUACAUCAAUGGUUACGCUCCCGUAAAAGAACACUCAGUUUUACACAGAUGACCACACUAACCAAAUGUGUUCUGCAACGUCCACUGCCGCUUUUUCUGAAACUGUCGAUUGAAAGUGCUGCUAAAUGGCACUCCUACUGGACUGAAAGUGAAACCAUACUGCAGCAGACAGUGCAAGACAGCAUCACCUAUCUGUUUUCUAAGUUGGAAAGUAAACACGGACAGAUGUUCGUGUCGAGGACACUUGGAUAUCUUACAGCCUCAAGAAAUGGCCUGUCAGAGUCGGAACUGGAGGACAUCUUGUCCUGUGAUGAUUCCGUACUGAAUGAUGUGUACCAGUAUUGGGAACCUCCAAUCAGACGACUGCCUCCCCUACUGUUGGUGAGACUAAAGACAGACCUGCAACACUACAUAGUUGAAAGAGGCUCUGAUGGUAUUAGUGUCAUGAACUGGUACCAUCGCCAGUUCAAGGAGACGGCAGAUAAUAGAUAUUGUGGUCUACAAGAGGUUGAACAGGUUCACACAGGACUCGCGGAUUUUUUCAAUGGCAAAUGGGCCAAUGAAAAGAAAAAGCCGUACGUCUAUAAAGAAAAGCCUGGCGAAGCGGAUCGACAUGUUUCAAGUCAGCCACUUAUCCAUAGAGAUUCGUACAACUUGCGAAGACUGAAUAAUGCUCCAUAUCAUCUAGUUAUGGAAGGAAAUAUUUCAGAGCUUAAGAAAACGUGCCUGAUGAAUUUUGAAUUUCUACAGGCUAAAGUUGUAGCUACAUCUGUCAGACAUAUUCUUGACGACUUCGCCUUUGCCAGAAAAAAAUUCCCCAACGAUUCGGUCUUGGACAUCGUUGGAGCAGCAUUGGAGAUGUCCCAAGGUGCACUGCAGUACGAUCCAAUGCAGCUGGCACCGCAACUGUUAGACAGACUAUCUGGAGAAGCGAACACUGCUGAUCUCCUGAAUCAGUGUCAACAGUGCAGUGUACCCUACCUGGCACCUGACCAGGAAGUCCUUAUAAAGCCGGGUGGUCAAUUAGUAUUCUGCCUGACUGGACACCAUGGCCCUGUUACUUCAGUAGAUGUCCGAGGAGACGGAAAGCUAGCUGUAUCUUGUUCAGAUGAUAAUGAAAAUUCUGUGAAGACAUGGGACCUAAUUGAAGGGAGAUUACACAGGUCAUACGAUGGGAUUAACGAUGAACCCACUCGCGUCCGAUUCAUUUGUAAUGACAAGACAAUUCUGGUGGACUAUGUUGUCAGUUAUACUGUCAUACAGGAGUCUGGUGAGGUUGCGUUCUCCAUAGAUAGAGAGAACGGCGGUCAGUCGAUAGUAGGAGGAAAAGGAAAAACAUUACUUGCUUUGUUUUACAAUGCGACUGUACAAGUUUAUGACUUGGAAAAUGGUGAAUCUGUGACAAAAUUUGAUCUAUCUGACCCCUCUACACAGUUCUGUGAUCAUAGCAUGACUACAUUUACAGCCACGUCCGAGAAUUUUGCGGUCUUAACAGACAGUGGCCAACACUACGUCAUAGUGUUCAGUUUUGCUGACCAGACUGUGAGUGAAUGGUUUCAGAUAUUCAAUCCCAAACCUGAAAGUAACCAAGCAGAUCUCCAGAUAGAUGCUAUAGCGAUCACACCGGAUGAGAAACAAUUUAUCCUCUCAAGCUCUCGGGACAAUGACCUACACAUAUACGACCUGGUCACCCGGAACAAGAUUGGAUUGAUAAAAGGUUUAAAGGCGGAUUUUGCUCAAAACUAUAGGAUAUCAGAAAAUGGAAAUCUGCUAUACUUUCCGGGAGAUGGAAUCGUUGUAUGGGAUCUCGCGAAGAAGCAGCGUUCAUGUAUCUUUUCUCAUCUAAGUUGUGUGAGCGAUGCCAUAUGCUGGUCAUGGAAAACCAUGGUAACAACAAUUGAGGACGACUCAACAAUUUAUGUGUGGGAUAUGGAAAAGAAAGAGAAAGAAACAAAAAACAAAAUCCCUGUUUUGGGACACAAAAUAAGAUACUUCCUGCCACUUCGUGGCUCCCGUUACGUAGUGGUUGUAGCACAGAUACACCGCAAUGACAAAGACAGUUGCAACCUUCAAGUGUAUGAUGUUCAGAAAAAAAAUGUUGUCCGUAGCACGAUGUUGGACAAGCCUCCCGGGGUGAUUAAGAUCCUUGACGACAAACGUAUAGCUAUUGUCACCUCAAACAGGAAAAUCAAGACCAUCAACUUAGACAACAUGACUGUUGAUAAAGUGAUGGACGGUGAUGUAUCGGGCUUCACUAUAGAUAUACAUGUCAGAUAUGACGGGACAGAAAUACUCACACAAACAAGAGGACGAAAACACUUUAAGAGAUAUGAUGCAAAGACCGGAAAGACUAAGGAUAUCAUCCGCAGGCCAGUUUUCGUGAAGACAGAUCGUCCAUUUGAGGAGAUGUUCUAUGUAAGCAAAGAUUGGAAUGUUUUGGCAGCACGAAUAUUGAAAGGUCCUUGGCUUUUGUUUGACAUAAGAACUUUUCAGUGCAUCUUCGCGAUCCCACAAGAGCAUUCCUACAAUGAUAUAUCUGUUGCGAAGGCGGCCCUGUCAGACGAUGGGCAAUCAUUCCUAUUUGGCGUUUCUUCUAACAUUAAGCGUUCGGUGAUGACCAGAACGGACAAGGAAACACCCACAGCUUUUGUCAUUUGGGACGUCGGCAAAUGUGAAAUGGUGGCACAGUGUGACGAUGUUGAGUACCAGCAAAACUACGCAGAGAUCGACAACAGAAAGGGCCUGGAUGUUUCUGUGGACGAAAUACACGUUAUCGACGCAAACCGACUGCUAACUGCACACGAUGAUUUCGUUCUCAGAGUUUGGAACAGAAAAACAGGUGAUUUGGUUAGCCGCCUUGAGGGACAUAACAGUGCUGUCGAUGUUUGUAUGAAGGAAACGGGACCUUAUUUUUUCUCGUAUGAAUUGGAAAAUGCUAUUCGGGUCUGGGAAAAAUCUACACUUAGAUGUCUAGCUAGCUUCCGAUUAGAAAAUACGAUUGUUGCCUGCCGAAUGUGCGAGGACAGCCAACACAUCAUUACGUCAACUAGAAGUCCAACUGCCCGUCUAGUAUAUUGGCGUCUGAAGGCGGAAAACCUCCAGACUAGGGACGUCACAGGGCCUGAGCUGUUCAAAGGCAUAGUGACAAAGGCAAAUUUAGAUGUCGAAACAACGUCAGACAACAUGUAUACUGAGGAUGAUCCGGACACGGACGCGGACACGGACUAUUAA